CCCAAUUUUCUCUCAUUCUCUGUCGGCUCUCUCCUUCCUCGCCAUCACUGUUUCUUCUUCUUCUUCUUCUUCUUCUUCUCUUCUUCAAUCACUGAAAGCUCCCUGCUGCCCCGCACACAGCGAGUCUCGCCGCUGCCGGAGACGGUCGAAAGAGCUCGAGAGAUGCUAAACCUGAGCCAUUCUCCAUCUCCGGCACUGCUUUCCGUACACCGCGCCGCGUCCACUCUCGCUUUCGCUUCAGAUUCUCGUCGAGGAUUGGCGUUAAAGGGUUGCAGCUUCGAGAACGGUUCGGUUUUCUUUUCUCCAAUGCUGAAGCAAUACACUCCUCCAGCCUUCCCCUGUCGAGCCUCCCCUAAAGCCCUCGAAACUUCUCAGAGGGAGGAUGAUUUACCCAUACAUGGACUAUCAGAGAUGGUUGUUGGAGUUCUGGGAGGAGGUCAGUUGGGUCGGAUGCUGUGUCAGGCGGCAUCCCAAAUGGCAAUUAAGGUAAUUGUUUUGGACCCGAUGGAGCAUUGCCCUGCAAGUGCACUGUCACAUUAUCAUAUGGUUGGGAGCUUUGAUGAUAGUGCCACUGUUGAAGAAUUCGCUAAAAGGUUGUAUUUGAAUGCCAUUUCUGCAGUUAGAUGUGGAGUUUUAACAGUUGAAAUCGAGCAUGUUGAUGUGGCCACACUAGAAAAGCUUGAACAACGAGGGGUAGAUUGUCAACCUAAAGCUUCUACCAUUCGGAUUAUCCAGGAUAAAUAUAUGCAGAAAGUUCAUUUUUCUGGCCAUGGCAUUCCUCUUCCUGAAUUUAUGCAGAUAGAUGAUCUUGAAAGUGCAAAACGAGCUGGUGACCUAUUUGGGUAUCCUCUAAUGAUAAAGAGUAAAAGGCUUGCUUAUGAUGGACGUGGAAAUGCUAUUGCCAAGAGUGAAGAGGAGAUUUCUUCUGCAGUAAAUGCCCUUGGAGGCUAUGAUCGAGGAUUAUAUGUUGAGAAAUGGGCACCAUUCAUAAAGGAGCUAGCUGUCAUUGUAGCUAGAGGGCGAGAUAAUUCUAUCCUGUGUUAUCCUGUUGUUGAAAGCAUUCACAGAGAAAACAUAUGUCACAUUGUUAAGGCACCAGCUAAUAUACCAUGGAAGAUCAGGAAACUGGCAACUGAUGUUGCCUACAAAGCUGUUAGUUCAUUGGAGGGUGCUGGUGUGUUUGCAGUGGAAUUGUUUUUGACGGGGGAUGGUCAGAUUUUGCUAAAUGAAGUAGCUCCUAGGCCUCACAAUAGCGGGCACCAUACAAUUGAAUCUUGCUUCACUUCACAGUUUGAGCAGCAUUUGCGGGCAGUUGUUGGUCUUCCACUGGGUGAUCCAUCAAUGAAAACUCCAGCUGCUGUUAUGUACAAUAUACUGGGUGAGGAUGAGGGAGAACCAGGUUUUGUUCUUGCCCAUCAACUGAUUGGAAGGGCUUUAGGUAUCACAGGGGCAACUGUUCAUUGGUAUGAUAAACCAGAAAUGCGAAAGCAACGGAAGAUGGGUCAUAUCACUAUAGUUGGCCCAUCUGUGGGAAUUGUUGAGGCACGGUUAAAAUCAAUGCUAAAUGAAGAAACUAUGGAUGGUCAGAGUGCAGUCACACCACGUGUUGGGAUCAUUAUGGGCUCUGAUUCUGAUCUUCCUGUUAUGAAGGAUGCUGCAAGGAUUUUGAAUAUGUUUGGUGUUCCUAAUGAGGUGAAAAUAGUGUCAGCACACCGGACCCCCGAACUGAUGUUUUCUUAUGCUUCGUCUGCUAUGGAACGAGGCAUUCAGGUCAUCAUUGCUGGUGCUGGUGGUGCUGCCCAUUUGCCAGGCAUGGUAGCUGCACUGACCCCCUUGCCUGUUGUUGGUGUUCCUGUCCGUGCUUCGUCACUGGACGGACUUGAUUCACUACUAUCAAUAGUUCAGAUGCCAAGGGGAGUUCCUGUUGCGUCAGUUGCAAUAAAUAAUGCAACCAAUGCAGGCUUGCUAGCAGUAAGAAUGUUGGGAGUCGGUGAUGUUGACCUCCAAGCUAGAAUGUCUCAAUACCUAGAAGACACCAAACAUGAUGUCCUACUAAAGGCUGAGAAGCUCGAAAUGGAUGGCUGGGAGACCUACCUAAAUCCAUAGGUUUGACAAAUCUUUGGGUUUGUAUUGCUCACCUAGAAAUCGGAGUUCGAAGGAAUUCCAAUCAACAUUUGAAGAAUUGUCUUCAACAAGAGAAUUCCAACUGAGGCAUCGACGGAAUUCCUCCAAAUCCUGAAAUCACUGCCCGAAAUGGUGGCUUGGGAACUCAGACUAACAGUUGAAGAAAACUGCCAAAAUUGUUUCAUUGAAGAAUGCAUAUUUUCGGGAUCUUGAGUCUUGAUUCAUCUGAAUGAAACCUAGCAAACAAUUCAUGAGAAGAAUGUGAAAAUUUUGUACUUUCUUUCCCUUUUCUUUUGUUUUACAUUUUCAAUUUAUAAUGGGAUGGUUCCUGGAUUGAUCAGUAGCUGGAGUGGUAAGUUAAGGAGGCUGAUGUGGUUUAAAUUUUAUCUUUGCUUGAGAUAUUGACAAAAGCUUUAGCUUUGAUGGAUUCAAAUGUACUGAAAAUCUUGAGUUGAUGUAACCAAACUGGUCACUGGGGCCACUGAUUGAACUUAACACUUGGCCCAGAAUCACUGACACCAGCAGGCUGGUUUUGCAGAAUCCAGUAAUAAGGUGUGGAAAUAGAACUUCAAACUCAGCCAAGUGUUUGGUUUGAAAAUAUCAUGGUGUUCAAAACAUUUCCUUUCCCGUAAAGGAUAUCUAUGUC